CACCCACGAGCACACUCGAUCAGCUAGCGGCACUCACACCGACCAGUCCCUCCUGGAGCUGCAGAGCCUCGAGUGACAAUGAGCGAGAGUGAGGAAGAAGCGGUCGCUAGCAGGGAAGAGGAAACUGAGGCAGACGAGGCAUCCGGUCCUGAUGAGGGCGAAGAAGACAAGUGCGAGGAGAGCGGAAUGGCCGACGGGAGUGAGUGGGAUCCGCAGGUCCGCCGGGAGCAGCGCCACACCAUGCGGCAGAUCAUCCGCGACGUCCAAGAAUCCCGGGAGGACAUGACUGUUCCCGACGACCUCGUUAAAAACGUCAAGAGGAUGAACAGUGUGUUUAGAGACGUUGUUUCCACUCGCGAGGCAGCAAUCGAUGCUGAGGGUUUUCAACUCCUCUCAGCCAUCGGUAAAGAACAGGCUGAAUCUAGUGCCGGUGAACUCGUAUUUGACCCCAUUGUUUUUGCAGAGAAACUGGUGACGUUUAUGGGUGGUCGCCGAGGAGAUGGGAGCCGUAACCUCGAGGGUCUGGACUGGGCCAAACUGGGAGAGAAGGCAUCUGCGUGCUUCACAGCCCCACCUUCCCUCAAUUUCCUCCAUGGUGCACUGGAUGUGGAUCCAAUAAAAACAAAGCAGCGACAGAGGUUAGGGAGGAAGAAGGAGAGCUCUGAGACGACCGCCAGCAAACCGAGGGAGCUGACACAAUUUGAGAAUGAGGAGGAGUCCACUACAAAGGACGUGGCUCACCUUUUCUACCAUCUGAAGAGGCUAUGUGGUGACGGACGUCGUCGUGUGCAUUAUUUCACCUGUUUGGUUGACCCGGAGUCGUUUUCUCAUUCAGUGGAGAACAUGUUUCAUUUCGCCUUCCUCAUUAAGGACGGGCGAGCUGGAAUAGAGAUUGAUGAGAAGGAAGAUCAACCAUACAUUUAUCUUCCUGAAGGAGGCAAGUCCCAGAGGAAGGACAAAGGUCAGAUGAUCAUGAGCCUCGACAUGGCACAGUGGAGGUGUGCGCUAUCCCUCACGCCAGUGACACCAGAGCAAUUGGCUCUCUCCCACGACAACCCCUCCUCAUCGCGACACCUCUUGCUAGACAUUCGGCCCAGUGGACAGUUCUGCAGCGGCCACAUUCAGGGAGCUGAGAACCUGAACUUCUCCAACAUCCUCCUCCGAAGGCUCCUCAAGGGUGUAGUGAAGCUGGAGACGAUGCUGACGUCCCCAGAGCUAGUGGAGCGGGUGUGCUGCCGGCGAUACACCACUCAACUGGUGCUGUGCGACGCCGGGUCCUCGGCCGCUCACUGCCGCCCCGAGCUACUGAAACACGCUGAGGUGUUAGUCAACUGUCUGAGAGAAAGAGACGCCACGGAGGGCCUGCAACGGGGCUACUCCGUGCAGUACGUCGACGGAGGCUAUCCAGCAUUUACCAAGCAGUUCCCUGGACUGUGUCGGCAGAGCUCCUCCACGCCCUCCUCCCAUGUCCAGAUAUCAGUCAGUGCCAGUCUCCCAGUCUCCCUCACCUCCUCAUCCCAGAGGAAGCUGAAACUCCAGUCAGCACCAGCUGACGACUCAGACCGCUAUGGUCCUCCAGUGCAGAUCCUGCCUCACCUAAUCCUGGGCUGUGCCAAGGACUCCAGCAAUCUGUCGGUCCUCCGGCAGCUGGGAGUGACCGCCGUCCUCAACGUCUCUCACAACUGCCCCAGUCUAUUCCAGUCCCAGCUUCAGUACAUGGAGAUCAGAGUCCCCGACACGUACCAGGCAGACCUCCUGGCACGACUUGACGAAGCCUUCCUGUUCAUUGAUGGUGUGAAAGCAAGCGGUGGGCGAGUGUUGGUCCACUGUCAUGCUGGAGUCUCUCGUUCGGCCACUGUGUGCAUGGCAUACGUCAUGAAGACCCUCAAUUAUGACUUGCGUUCGGCCUACGACUUUGUCAAGAGCAAACGCUCAUGUGUGUCCCCCAACCUUCACUUCAUGGGCCAGCUGCUCGAGUUUGAGAAGAGACUAGGAAUGCGUUCCUUGUCGCAGGCCAAUUGUGACCCCUGCGGUCUGUCGUGUGUGGAGGAGGAGGAGCGAGAGCGGCCGUGCUCCCUGCCCCCCUCCUGGGUCAGCAAGGAGAAGAGACGGGCAGUCAGCACGCCUGCCUCGCUGGAGAUUUCUCCAUAUACCAUCCCCUCCCGCAAACCUCUCCUCAGCCCCUGCUGGGCCACACCCACUAAUUGCUCAAGUCUACCCUCCACUCCUCUCCCACGCUAUGCUGCACCUCCCCAGAAUCACAACUCUCCCGCUCUGCACACGCGGCACAUCGCACACUCCUGCAGUCUCCAGUCUCUGGCUCUCACUCCUAUCACCACUGCCGCUGCUCAGAACUCUCCCCGCCCCGUCCCGGAAAGCCUGUAGUCACUUAUACCACUAGGAUGCAUAGUUUGUGUGAACAUUAUGUCUGUAACUGUAACCGUCUUUGUGUGCCAACUUCAUCUGACAAUCACUGUAAUAGUGCGCGCGCGGAUUCGACCCCUAGCCACUCUCCGUCAGGAGCGGUCACGAAAAACCGGCAACCUAAAAGCCUCCCCAGGCUGUCCAGCCCAAUAGAGAUAAAGACGGGGCAGUAAUGGCGUCUGAUGACUACCCUCCAUUUCAGCUGGGGAGGUCGAGAUUCGACCAGUCCACUUUCUCCGGUCGACUGAGGCACUUUCUGGACGUGGUGGACCCCCGAACUCUCCUCACUCGCGAG